ACUUGGUGACGUGUCAGGACACGAGGAGGACCCUGUCUCGCCGAUAAACAACUUCUAGAUCAAAACAAUCUUGGAGGAACAACAAGGUGGCAGGAUCUUUUCUGUGCAAGAGAAACAGCGUUUUAUUCGGCUGGACUGCAACAGAGGUGUAAAGAUGAUUGGAAAGAUCCUCUCUCAUCUGCUUGGGAACGCCAGCGAGGGCUUUGAUGCUCCAGACCACACUUAUGAUAAGCUAAUGGAGAUUGAGGAGGGGGGAUGGGUCAUUGUUAAUCUCACAGAGGAUGAAGCUGGAUCUGCCCCUGAUGUGGAUCCUCUUGAGAACCUGCUGAUUGAACAUCCCAGCAUGUCUGUCUACCAGAUGAGACGCAGGAUGAGCGGAGCUGAGGAGGAGGAGGAGCUGGUCUCUGAUGCAGAUGAAGAGGAUACCUCUAGGCCAGUGGCGGUGAGACGGCACUUAUCCUGGCGUCUCGCUGCCUGGGGGACCCCUCUGCCGUGCACCGUCCAGCUGCUGGCUCUCCAGAGGGCCAGGACCCAGGCUGAGAGGAAGAAGCUGAGCCGCAGCGCCCUCCAUAGGCAGAACCUGGCCAAGAUGCGAUUCUCCCUGGGAGAGAGACGCUACGGCCACUUCAAGCAGCCCGGCCAGCGCCUGUACAACUACUGAAGAUGAAAGUGCUUUUGGGAGGGUUUCUGUGUGAAGAUGCCUCCAUCACAACACAGAGCGGAGCACAGUGCCUUGGUCCUGAAUUACUCAGGUCAUUGUUUCACCUCACACUUAUUGUGCACAUCCACCAAGGUAAAGCAUGUGAGAUUUAUAAUUUGCUGUCCAGUGAAAUGGUCAAAUAUGAGCCAAAUGAACGACAAAAACAAACAUUUUUUUAAAUCUAGACAUUAAAAACGGCAACCUGCACUGCAACCCUCACGUCUGAAACCACUGAGAACAACGAACCUCGAACACCUGACCACGAAAAAGCACAGCUGGUCCCCAAAGCUGAAACGCAUUUCUAAGAAAAGGUUACUUUUCAAAUACAUGUUGAUAAUGUAAACUAUCAAAUGAGAAAUGAUUUGUUUAACUAGUGUAGAUUGACAGGAGUAGAGGUAGGGCUCACAGAAAGGUAAAGGUGUGUAAAAGUUACUGUAAAGGUGCUGUUGCUGUCCCUGUGUGUAAUACUGUUUCAAAUGUGAAAAACUUUGCUCUAAAUAAUGAUGCAAGUGGAUUACGGCACGUUGUGAUGAGCUGUUCCUUGAUUGUAUUUAGCAUGUGGCUUAGCUUUCUCUGCUUUUCUGCCAAGUGUAUUAAGAGUUGAUUUCAUGACAUGUUGACCUGUACAGUAAUCAUGCUGUGUGAAAACCAAAAAAAAAAAAGCUCAGUGAAUUUGCUCAGAUAAAUCUUGCUUUUGUUCCAAAACUUCAAGAAUAAUUACUUUUGUACUUUAUAGUGGGUUCUCACUUUUUCAUGUCACUCAAACUGUUAUAAAUGAAUAUAAACUGAAUAUAAAUGUCUUUUUCUAUUUGUGUGUAUUUAUAAAAUGUUCAAAAAACACAAAUAAAACUUGUUUUCUUAA